AGUUUUGUUAAAAAAAUCGAGGUCACGAUGGUAAAAGCAAUCUUGAUAGUGGUACUAGCUUUAUCCAUUUUCCUGCUAAAUUUUAACACUGAAGCUGCAGUUGCACGAUAUAAACCCCAUCCAAACCGGAAACCUGGGGGAUGCUUUAAUGAAAAAGUCGGGCAUUUAACAGCCGGUGCUGUAGUAUCAAUGCCUGGAAAAUGUGCAGAAAUGACUUGCGAUUCUACUGGAUGGAUGGAACACAUCAGUUGUGGUAUCGUGGCUUUGAGCAGGCCAAAUUGUGUGCAAAAGCCGGUGGAUCUUAAAAAACCUUAUCCAGAGUGCUGUCGAAUCAAACAAGGAGCAAUUGUGCAGUUCAACACAAUGAAUGUGUUUUUGGGAGUGAUACUAGUCUUAUUUGUUUCAAAUGUUUAUUGCAAUCCUGUAAUGAGCGUCACGCGUAAAAUCACAUUUGAUCGGAAAAAAGUUGAUGAGCGUUUAUGUAUGGACCCAGUAUUGAAAGAUGUGAAUAUUGGUGGUGAAGUUGCAAAACAAUAUUGUUUUGCUUUGGAAUGCAGAUUUACCGGACAAAUUGAAGUUUAUGGUUGUAAUCCUGUUUAUAACGAGGACCCCAACUGUACUCCGAAACGGUUAGACAUUAGCAAAUCUUUUCCAGAGUGUUGUCCAAUAAGCUGUUUACAUGGCUGAUUUUUACAGCCUUAAAAUUUUAUCGUUUGAAGACGAUUAAAGAUAUAAAUGUUUGUCAAAUUAUUUUUUACCUACCUGAAUUAAUAAAAUAUUUCAUGAUGA